AUGAUGCACCUUAGACGCGUUGCUCAGCGGAACAUCACCCGUGUGGGUAAGAGCAGAAGUACGGGUCUACGCGGUCUCGCCACUGCCGCAGAGCCAUACGACGUCGUCGUUGUUGGAGGAGGACCGGGAGGAUACGUGGCUGCUAUCAAGGCCGCCCAGCUCGGGUUACGGACUGCUUGUGUCGAGAAGCGUGGCUCACUCGGUGGAACAUGUCUAAACGUCGGGUGCAUACCGUCAAAAGCCAUGCUGAAUAACUCGCACCUCUAUCACCAAGCAAAGCACGACUUUGAACGACGGGGUAUUGAAGUGCCAACCGUCAACCUCAACCUCGCCAAAAUGCUCGAAGCCAAGACAAACGCCGUGACUGGCUUGACAAAAGGCAUCGAGCUUCUGUUCCGACAGAACAAGGUCGACUACAUUAAGGGCACUGCGUCCUUCCUCUCCAACACCCGCCUUUCCAUCCAGCCUAUAUCUGAGUCCGAUUCAACCAGCGAAAUUGAGGCAAAGAACAUCGUUAUUGCCACCGGGUCCGAGGUAGCGCCUUUCCCAGGUGGCUCCAUUCAGAUCGACGAGGAGCAAAUCGUCAGCUCGACGGGUGCGCUCGAGCUCCAGAAGGUGCCCGAGAAGAUGGUCGUCAUUGGUGGUGGAAUUAUCGGCCUCGAGAUGGGCAGCGUAUGGAGUCGUCUCGGCGCUGAGGUCACUGUGGUGGAAUUCUUGGGAGCCAUCGGAGGUGCUGGCAUCGACGAGGAGGUUGCGAAGCAGUUUCAACGGACGCUCACCAAGCAAGGCCUGAAGUUCAAGCUUAACACCAAGGUGCUAUCAGCAGAGAAGAAGGAUGGUAAAGUCUAUCUGGAGGCUGAGCCCGCCAAGGGUGGCAAAUCGGAGACGCUGGAAGCCGAUGUCGUCCUUGUUGCUGUCGGCAGACGGCCAUACACGGACGGGUUGAAUAUCGAGGCUGCUGGUGUUGAGCUGGACAACAAGGGCCGUGUCGUCAUCGACGACCAGUUCACGACAUCGCAGAAGAACAUCAAGUGCAUCGGUGACGUGACGUUCGGACCAAUGUUGGCGCACAAGGCUGAGGAAGAAGGUAUCGCUGCCGUCGAGUUCCUGAAGACUGGCCACGGGCACGUCAAUUACGCUGCCAUCCCCUCCGUCGUCUACACGCACCCUGAGGUCGCCUGGGUUGGCAAGACCGAGCAGGACCUCAAGGCGGAGGGCGUAAAGUACAAGAUCGGCAAGUUCAGCUUCGCAGCUAACUCGCGUGCUAAGACCAACCUCGACACGGAAGGCUUCGUCAAGUUCCUGACGGAGGCGGAGACGGAUCGGAUUCUCGGCGUGCACAUCAUCGGCCCUAAUGCUGGCGAGAUGAUUGCUGAGGGUGUCCUUGCGCUGGAGUACGGUGCAAGUUCGGAGGAUGUGGCGAGGACAACACAUGCCCAUCCCACGCUGAGCGAGGCAUUCAAGGAGGCCGCCAUGGCCGCCAACGGCAAGCCCAUCCACAUGUAA